AUGCAGCGGUUUGGCGGAUUUUCUCCUCGCCGCGUCGCUAUCAAGGGGGUCUUUUGUUUGUGUUGGUCCUCGUGUUACUCUGCGGCCGACGGUUGUUUUUGGCAGGCGAGUGUGGAACCCGACACCGCCGAUUAUCGCCGCCUGCGCGCCUGGCCUUCGUUCUGGGUUCGGUUUGAACGCGCUGGCAGUCACGCCAUUCCGCGGUCUCUGGUUCCCGCUUUGAAACUGCUCUUUUUUUCUUUCUUUCUUGCCGCGCGGACAUUUUUUGGGUUGCUGGAAUAUCGCGAAUCUGCGGCGAGGUUCGAGGUGGACCAGGUUCGACUUUCGCGAACAUUUCACGCGAAGUUCAGAGGAGUUCGACCGAAGUGCGACUGUUGUGCGCAUGCGCGUGUCAAUAGACCCUUGCUGCGCAGGGUUGCCAGGUGUUUGAACUCCAACCCACCAAACGUCUACGAGAUAUAG